GAUGCUGCCACUGUUGCUCGUCCCACUACGUUAACAACCAGCAAGUCAACUGGUUCAGCGCUGCUCAAAAUAAAAAGAUUUGAAUAACUCGACCAGAGAAUUUGCUAAAAAAUGGCUUCCGCACCCAAGGAUAUUGAGAAGCCCCAUGGCACUGACUCCGCAUCCGUGCACCGCAUUCGCAUCACCCUUACAUCCAGGAAUGUGCGUUCUCUGGAGAAUGUGUGCCGUGAUUUGAUCAACGGUGCCAAGAACCAAAAUCUGCGUGUCAAGGGUCCUGUGCGUAUGCCAACCAAAGUCCUCCGCAUCACCACACGUAAGACACCUUGCGGUGAAGGUUCAAAGACCUGGGAUCGUUUCCAGAUGAGAAUUCACAAGCGUAUCAUUGAUUUGCAUUCUCCAUCUGAGAUCGUCAAGAAGAUCACUUCGAUCAACAUCGAGCCCGGAGUAGAGGUUGAGGUCACCAUUGCCAACUAAGACCUGGUAUAGUACAGUUGUACAUAAUGAAGGGUUUUCCAUUUGAAUAAAAGAUAACUUUUCAUACAAAAUAAA